UUGACUCUCGAAGCGAAGGAAUUCAGUUUGAAGGAAAAAAACAACCAGGAAGUUAAACAGAGGAGGAAACGUAUUCGCUUUGGAGGAGCAUCAAACUCUCAAGUCUUUAGAGAGGUUUUAAAUACCAGGAUCAACUUAAAACAAAGUCGAUCCAUCGGGUUUGCGGUCAAAGGGCACUUUUCCAUCAAGAUGGACAUUGAUCCGGAGCGGGGCGGAGUGGCCGCAGAGCCAGUGCCACAGGACAAGGUGCAGUCCUUGAGGGAUCAGGUAGAUGGAGUGAAAAACAUCAUGACGGAGAAUGUGGACCGGAUCCUGGCCCGGGGAGAGAGACUGGAUGACCUCAUGGACAAAUCCGAGGACCUGCAAGCAGGGGCUCAGCACUUCAAGCAGACGUCUCAGAAAGUGGCUCGCUCGUACUGGUGGAAAAACGUCAAGCUGAUUGUGCUCAUCGUGGUGGUGGUCCUCAUCAUCGUCCUCAUCAUCAUCCUGCUGGCCACCGGAGUCAUCCCUACCAGUGCCCCCGUGCCUCCUAUAAUCACUCCCACCAGCAAGCCACAACCCUAACACACACACACACACACACAUAUAUAAUGUACAUAUAGACAUCAUUAAAUCAUAAACAAACACAUUCCUUUUGCACAGUAUACAAAGUAAUAUAUAGACUUAAACAAAUCACUGCUGUCUGGUGAAACCUUUAUUACUUCUGGGUUCAUUGCUACUGGUGACGUUCUUGCUUAUAUUGGAAUUCAAGGACUCUGCUUUGGUUUAAGGAUUUUUAAUGACACCUAAGCUUUUGAAACCCUUUCAAAACACAAUUCUAGCUCAGCCAUUUUUUGAAUUUGUGAGAAAUUAAACAAAAGUCUCUGGAAUGUCUGAGGUCUUCACCUGACAGCAGCAAAAACACUGUCAACUGUUCUAGGUGGACACGUCAGCUCUCCUCGGUUUAACUGUUUCACCAUCAACAAUUAUUAUUUCAUCCUGGCAAAGAGAAAUCAGAAUCACUGUGUGUAGGGGGAAAUAAUGAGUGUGGAUUUCUCAAGCCACUUACUAGACAUGUUUGUCUUUAAUGUGAUCACUUAUGUGCACCUUUUUAUAACGGACAGUUUGUAUACUUUAAUAGAUGAAAAAUGCAGUGUCUAAAAGAAAUCAUGCAACAUUUGUUUUGUUGCUGAUAUUUGACAAAUGCACCAAACAAAGCAAAAAGAAAAGCAUUUUAGGUCACAUCAUAUUUAAUGGAUGGCUGCAUUGUGUAUUAGAUAUGUAUGUUACUACUUGUGGGCUUAUUCUUUUCAAAGUGUUUCUAGUUUCUUUGAAGUCAGACAAUCUAGAAAAAAUAGUCAUUCCAUUGAAAUUCUAUUAAAAUUUGUCAGAAAGUUUGUUGUAAACAGUCUGCACUGCUUUAGUUCUUUUGAAAAUAUUGUUAUCAGCUCCUAAUUGGUGUUGAGGGGUUAUAUUUGAGGAGAGCUUUGUACUCAAUAGUAGUCAACACAGCGAUUGCAGUUAUAUGGUUUUUCUACAGAAAUGUGUGGUCCCUAGAGGGGAAUUUUAGCUUUGCACAUUUGUGCUGUGCAGUAUGAGCAGCCUUUUUAAAGCUGCAGUAGGUGACUUUUAUAUAAAAAAAAUAACUUUUUGUCAUAUUUGCUGAAACUUUUUUCAGGAACCUGAUUUUUUUUUCACUAUAUCCUAAUAAUAGAAUAGGCUCCUCCUAGUGCUCCUAAUGACGUUUGCAAGAAUCUACCAGGCCUGAACGAAAACAACCAAUCAGAGCCAAGAAAGAGAUUUGUUUGCUGAGUCUCAUUACCAGGUCCUCAAAUACCAGUGCUGGGAAUGAGACUCGACAAUCAAUCACCUUCAAGCCACCAACCCAAAGGGUUUUUCUUCCUUUCUCUGCUCUGAUUGGUUGUUUUCAUCCAGGCCCGGAGGAUUCUUGUAAAUACCAUUAGGAGCACUAGGAGGAGCCAGAGGAACCUGAUUGUUUUUGGGUUUUUUACAGAUUAUCUGUCUCAUGUUCUACUGUCAGGAUAUAGAAAAUAUGACAGUUAUUUUCAUAAAAUGUACCAACUGCAGCUGUAACUGUUUUUGCUCUCUGUUUCAUCUGUAAAAAUAUUGCAGUUCAAAUGUAUGGCUAUGGUUUUUGGAUUCAAUAAACUAACCACUGGGGACAGCUGUUAAAGGUCUGUUCCCACACUUCUACUGUUAGAGGAUCAGGCUCUUCCAGCCAGCCAGCUGAGAGAGAUCAUUUACACCCCCUCCAUGGCCCCCCUGCUGGGUCCAUGUCAACCAAUAGGCCCUCACAGUCACAGCUUAUAACUAGAAAACUUUGUGUCUUACCUCCCACCUCUCUCUCUGCUGUUUUACUUCCCAUUAUGAACUGUAAAUAGUCAUAUUCUCACCUUUAUGUAUAUUUGUAGCAGCCUUUAACCAACAUGUUAAUUAAAGUAUCUUUUCUUUUAGAGGCUAUUUAUUUAAUGCUUUAUGUCAUUCGUGUUCUUUCUUUUUCAAAUCAAAAAAGACUGAUUAAUCAAUAAAUGGUGCAGUUCACUUAGUCUGCUGUUAAACAUUUUCUAGACGUAGGACCCAAAAAAAGUGAGCUGUGUUGGAAUUAAUUCUACAUUGUGUUUUUUACAUGGCUCUGGGCGCAGUAGUCCUAAUCUCUUUGCCUGUUCACACUGACCUGAUUAAUGCUGGGUGAGACCAUGAUCACUACUGCAGGUCUGUCAUUGUGUUAACGGCUUCUUCCAGUGUCUCUAACUCUGGUCAUUUUGAAUUCACAUUCUCAAAACAGAUGAAAUGUCCCCGGGCCAGGAUCCGGUCCACAGUAAAUGUCAAAAAUGUCAAGCUUCCUAUUCUGAUGACUUAUGGUAUUUAAUUGUUUUAAUGGUCUGAUAAUUAAAUAAAUAGUAUUUACCUCUG